GGCCUAGCAAUUUCACUCUGCGAAGACUAUUGAAGAUGGCGGACGUGUUGAGUGUUCUUCGUCAAUACAACAUCCAGAAAAAAGAAAUCGUCGCCAAGGGUGAUGAAGUUAUCUUCGGAGAGUUCUCCUGGCCUAAAAAUGUCAAAACCAACUAUGUCAUUUGGGGAACUGGCAAGGAGGGCCAGCCCAAGGAGUACUACACGCUGGACUCCAUCCUCUUCCUCCUCAACAACGUGCAUCUCUCUCACCCGGCCUAUGUGCGAAGGGCAGCAACAGAAAGCAUUCCGGUAGUCAGAAGACCUGAUCGAAAGGAUUUGCUGUCUUAUCUCAAUGGAGAAAGUUCAACUUCAGCCAGUAUCGACAGAAGUGCGCCAAUAGAAAUUGGAUUGCAAAGGCCGACGCAAGUUAAAAGAGCAGCAGACGAAGUCUCGUCAGAAGCAAAAAAGCCAAGAGUGGAGGAUGAAGAACGAGUGCGUCUGGACAAGGAGCGUCUUGCCGCCCGCCUGGAGGGACACAAGGAAGGCAUCGUACAGACCGACCAGAUCAGGUCUUUGUCCGAAGCCAUGUCCGUGGAGAAAAUCGCCGCCAUCAAAGCCAAAAUCAUGGCCAAGAAACGAUCGACGAUCAAAACGGACCUGGACGACGACAUCACCCUGAAGCAGAGGAGCUUCGUGGACGCGGAAGUGGACGUCACCAGGGACAUCGUCAGUCGAGAGCGAGUGUGGAGGACGAGGACCACCAUCCUGCAGAGCAGCGGAAAGAACUUCUCCAAGAACAUCUUCGCCAUUCUGCAGUCGGUGAAGGCGAGGGAGGAGGGCCGGGCCCCGGAGCAGAGGCCGGCGCCGAACGCCACACAGGUGGACCCGUCCAUAAGAAACAAACAGCCCGUGCCAGCCGCAUACAACAGAUACGAUCAGGAGAGGUUCAAAGGGAAAGAGGAGACCGAGGGCUUCAAGAUCGACACCAUGGGGACUUACCACGGCAUGACCCUGAAGUCCGUGACGGAAGGAGCCUCUGCCAGGAAGGCCCAGACGCCAGCGAUGCAGCCUGUACCACGACCAGUUUCUCAAGCCAGACCACCACCAAACCAAAAGAAAGGUUCUCGAACGCCCAUUGUCAUCAUACCCGCCGCCACAACGUCGUUAAUCACCAUGCUAAAUGCAAAAGACCUUUUGCAGGAUCUGAAGUUUGUGACGUCAGAGGAGAAGAAGAAGCAGGGGAUCCAGCGGGACAACGAGGUCCUGCUCCAGAGACGGAAGGACCAGAUCCAGCCUGGCGGUGCCACGCUGAGCGUCACCGUGCCUUACCGGGUCAUCGACCAGCCCCUCAAGCUGGCGCCGCAGGACUGGGACCGCGUGGUGGCUGUGUUCGUGCAGGGUCCUGCCUGGCAGUUCAAGGGCUGGCCGUGGCUUUUGCCCGACGGAUCGCCUGUCGAUAUUUUUGCAAAAAUCCGAGCUUUUCACUUGAAGUACGACGAGGCCAAGACCGACCCCAACGUGCAGAAGUGGGACGUGACGGUUCUGGAGCUGAGCCACCACAAGCGCCACCUGGACCGGCCCGUGUUCCUGCGCUUCUGGGAGACGCUCGACCGGUACAUGGUGAAACACAAAUCCCACUUGAGGUUCUGAGCCCGGGCUGCCACUCUGCUCUCUCGAGGCUGGAUCAAGAAACACCAGGCACCCUUCUUGUCCCGUCCCGUCCCGUCCCGUCCCGUCGGUGGAUAGCUUGCGUUUCCAGUCGCCACCUUCCCACCUCCCCCCCAUGCCAACCUAGACCUCC